CCUAUCGGUAUCCUAGAGACAAUCUUCAAAAGGUGAACAGGUUCACAUUAUGGAAGCCGUUAAGAGCUUCGUUCCCUGCCUGAGCAACUGAGCUGAGACCCCAGCCAGGUCCCAGGACAUGGGGAACACAGUGAGCUGUUGCUGCCGUGCAAAUCCUGGGGACCGCCAGGAGGAGGAGCAGCGGUCACGACAUGAGGGCAGUCAGAGCCAGCAGACCUCUGUCGAAGUAUUGGAGGGUGGCUCAGUGACACCACGCACUACUAGUGCAGAUAGCUUUGACUCACGAUUGCUCACCAAUGAUGAGGGCACUAGCCAGUCAAAACUAGACCUGCCAGAGAUCUUGCAACAGGUGAAGCCUAGUGCAUCCAUACUUGCCACCAACGUCCAUGUGGAGGCAGCUUCUGCUGUGGACAAGAGUAUACUCCAAUAUCAAGAGGAGGUAGCUGCUGCAGGGCUGGUGUCGGAAGUUUUGACCGAGAGCAAACUCCGAUAUCAACAGGAGGUAGCUGCUGCAGGGCUGGUGUCGGAAAUUUUGACCGAGAGCAAACUCCGAUAUCAACAGGAGGUAGCUGCUGCAGGGCUGGUGUCGGAAGUUUUGACCGAGAGCAAACUCCGAUAUCAACAGGAGGUAGCUGCUGCAGGGCUGGUGUCAGAAGUUUUGACCGAGAGUAAACUCCGAUAUCAACAGGAGGUAGCUGCUGCAGGGUUGGUGUCAGAAGUUUUGACCGAGAGUGUCCUCCGAUAUCAACAGGAGGUAGCUGCUGCAGGGUUGGUGUCGGAAGUUUUGACCGAGAGCGUACUCCGAUAUCAACAGGAGGUAGCUGCUGCAGGGCUGGUGUCAGCCCAACUGGAUACGAAUGUGCAGUCAAAGGGUGCUCCCUUUGCAAAGCUGUACACAGGUUUUCAUUUCAUGGAGAGGCCGGAGUCCUUGGGUUGCUCUCUCAAGGUCCGUAAGAUGCCGCUGCUGAUGACGCCAAUUAAGAAGGCACUUUCUGAGCUUCAUCAGCUUGUUGCAAGCCUAAAUGGUUCUGCACAUGAUUCAGCCAAGGACAUGAAGCUCAGAGAGGAGCUUUGCCAUGGUGAUAGAAUGAACAUCCUCUCCUCAUUUAAAACCGAUGAAGCUGGAUUGGCUGAGAUUAGAGACUCUGCUGCAGACUCUGCCCCCCACGUGGUGUUUGGCCUGAGCGCGGCGUCUUCACUGGGCAACCUGGUGGAGUCACAGGGGACCUCAGUGAGAUCCCCGAUUUCCAAGCAGGAUAAGCUACGCUUGGAGGCGAAGAGUUUACCCCCUGCACAGGCCAUCAAAUGGCUUGUGUUAAUGGAGAGGCCAUUGUCCCUGGGCCCCAUCACCUUACCAGCUGUAAAGCUGGAGAACCGGCUGGUUCAGAAUCCGUCAGCUGAGGUGGUGGUGAAUGACGCUCCAAAGGGGCAGUCAACCUCUCCCUACAGUGAGGAGGGUCUGUAUAAUGGUGAGGUGGUAAUUGAGAAUGUGUUGGAGAUGCAAGAUCUCAUGGAAAGGACCGGCAAAUGAUCUUAAAUACAAGGAUACAAGGAUGUUUAUUUGUCACAUGUAUAUGAUUACUGAUGUAAAGAAUGCACUGAAAUUGUCAAUUGUGAAUGAUUGCUGUACUGAUAUAUUUUCUUGACAUUUACAUUUGUCAGUAAAAGUCUCUUGUCACUCCUCUCAAUACAGCUCCAGAUCAGGACCAGGACCAAUACAGCUUUGGGCCGCCCGUGGACAUUUCUGUUUACAGUGAGAGUGAAUGGAAAGGGCAGACCAC